ACUGGCUCUGCUGCAUCUAGAGCUGAUAUCCUCUGAAUAUAAUUUUUCCAUCUUAGAAGGAUACAAGAAAACCAUCAGCCAUGGGUGAUGCUGAGAUGGCAGUCUUUGGGGAGGCUGCCCAGUACCUCAGGAAGUCAGAUAAAGAUAGGCUUGAGGCUCAGAACCGGCCCUUCGAUGCCAAAACAAACUUCUUUGUGGUUGACCCCAAGCAAAUGUAUGUAAAAGGCAUCGUCACCGGCAGAGAGGGGGGAAAAGUCACCGUAAAGAAAGAAGACAUGUCCACCGCAACAGUGAAGGAAGAUGAAAUUUUCCCCAUGAACCCCCCAAAGUACGACAAGAUUGAAGACAUGGCCAUGAUGACCCACUUGAAUGAACCAUCUGUCCUGUAUAACCUCAAAGAGCGUUACGCAGCCUGGAUGAUCUACACCUACUCCGGACUGUUCUGUGCCACCGUCAACCCCUACAAGUGGCUGCCCGUGUACAACCCCGAGGUGGUCAAUGCCUACCGCGGCAAGAAGCGUCAGGAGGCUCCACCACACAUCUUCUCCAUCUCUGACAACGCCUAUCAGUUCAUGCUGACAGAUCGUGACAACCAGUCUGUUCUGAUUACCGGAGAAUCCGGUGCCGGAAAGACUGUCAACACGAAACGUGUCAUCCAGUACUUUGCAACAAUUGCAGCUGUCCCCGACAAGAAGAAAGAGGAGCCACAAGCCCAAGGAAAAAUUCAGGGGAACUUGGAGGAUCAAAUCAUCCAGGCCAACCCACUGCUGGAGGCCUUUGGCAAUGCCAAGACUGUGAGGAAUGACAACUCUUCCCGCUUUGGUAAAUUCAUCAGGAUCCACUUUGGGACCACAGGAAAACUGUCCUCCGCCGACAUUGAGACAUAUCUACUGGAAAAAUCCAGAGUAACAUUCCAGCUGUCUGCUGAGAGGAGCUACCACAUCUUCUACCAGAUCAUGUCCAACAAGAAGCCGGAACUGAUCGACCAACUUCUGAUCACAACCAAUCCCUACGACUUUCCAUUUGUGAGCCAAGGUGAGAUCACUGUGGCGAGCAUUGAUGAUCAAGAGGAGCUGAUGGCCACCGAUAGCGCCAUUGACAUCCUGGGCUUCAACUCAGAGGAGAAGCUUGGUAUCUACAAGCUGACCGGCGCCGUCAUGCACUAUGGAAACCUGAAGUUCAAGCAGAAGCAAAGAGAGGAGCAGGCUGAGCCCGAUGGCACAGAAGUGGCUGACAAGACUGCCUACCUGAUGGGCCUCAACUCAGCUGAUCUCCUGAAGGCUUUGUGCUACCCCAGGGUCAAAGUCGGAAAUGAGUAUGUCACCAAAGGUCAAACUGUCCAGCAGGUGUACAACAAUGUCGGUGCCCUGGGCAAGUCCAUCUAUGAGAAGAUGUUCUUGUGGAUGGUCAUCCGUAUCAACCAGCAGCUGGACACCAAGCAGCCAAGGCAGCACUAUAUUGGCGUCUUGGAUAUUGCCGGCUUUGAGAUCUUUGAUUACAACAGCUUGGAGCAGCUCUGUAUCAACUUCACCAAUGAGAAGCUGCAACAGUUCUUCAACCACCACAUGUUUGUGCUGGAACAAGAGGAGUACAAGAAGGAAGGUAUCGACUGGGAGUUCAUUGACUUCGGCAUGGACUUGGCCGCCUGCAUUGAGCUUAUUGAGAAGCCAAUGGGCAUCUUCUCCAUCCUGGAAGAGGAGUGCAUGUUCCCCAAGGCGACAGACACUUCCUUCACCAAUAAGCUGUAUGACCAACAUUUGGGCAAGUCCAACAACUUCCAGAAACCCAAACCUGGCAAAGGCAAAGCCGAGGCUCACUUCUCCCUGGUCCACUAUGCUGGAACUGUGGACUACAACAUCUCUGGCUGGCUGGACAAGAACAAGGACCCGCUGAAUGAGACCGUCAUUGGGCUCUACCAGAAGUCAUCAGUGAAACUCUUGAGCUUCCUGUAUGGUGCCUAUUCUGCCACUGAUGCUGAUGCCGGUAGCAAGAAGGGUGCUAAGAAGAAGGGUUCCUCUUUCCAGACUGUGUCUUGUCUCUUCAGGGAGAAUCUGAACAAGCUGAUGUCAAACUUGAGGAGCACUCACCCUCACUUUGUGCGUUGCUUGAUCCCCAAUGAAACCAAGACCCCAGGUGCUAUGGAUCAUUACUUGGUCAUGCACCAGCUCAGGUGCAACGGUGUACUGGAGGGCAUCAGGAUUUGCAGGAAAGGUUUCCCCAGCAGAAUUCUCUACUCUGACUUCAAGCAACGUUACAAAAUCCUGAAUGCAAGCGCCAUCCCAGAAGGUCAGUUUAUUGACAGCAAGAAGGCUUCUGAGAAGCUUCUCGGAUCCAUUGAUGUUGACCACACACAGUACAGAUUUGGACACACUAAGGUGUUUUUCAAAGCUGGUCUCCUGGGUGUCCUUGAGGAGAUGCGAGAUGAGAAGUUGGCAAUGCUGAUCACUCGUACUCAGGCCAUUUGCAGAGGAUACCUCAUGAGGGUUGAGUUCCAGAGGAUGAUGGAGAGAAGGGAGUCCAUCUUCUGCAUCCAGUACAAUGUCCGCUCCUUCAUGAAUGUCAAGCAUUGGCCAUGGAUGAAGCUUUACUUCAAGAUCAAGCCUCUCCUGAAGAGCGCAGAAUCUGAGAAGGAAAUGGCCAACAUGAAGGAAGAGUUCGAGAAGACAAAGGAGGCUCUGGUCAAGUCAGAGGCAAAGAGGAAGGCGCUUGAAGAGAAGAUGGUAUCCGUCAUGCAAGAGAAAAAUGACCUGCAGCUCCAAGUUGCAUCUGAAUGUGAGGGCCUUGCAGAUGCAGAGGAAAGGUGUGAGGGUCUCAUCAAAGCCAAGAUUCAAAUGGAGGCCAAAUUCAAGGAGAUUAAUGAGAGGCUGGAAGAUGAAGAAGAAUCAAAUGCUGAGUUGACAGCCAAAAAGAGGAAACUUGAAGAUGAAUGUUCUGAACUGAAGAAGGACAUUGAUGAUCUUGAGCUGACUCUGGCCAAAGUAGAGAAAGAGAAGCAUGCCACAGAAAACAAGGUUAAGAACCUCACUGAAGAAAUGGCUGUUCUUGAUGAGAACAUUGCCAAACUUUCUAAAGAAAAGAAAGCCCUUCAGGAAGCCCACCAACAAACCCUAGAUGAUCUGCAAGCAGAAGAGGACAAGGUCAACACUCUAACCAAGGCCAAGACCAAGCUGGAACAGCAAGUAGAUGAUCUGGAGGGAUCUCUGGAGCAAGAGAAGAAGCUCCGCAUGGACAUGGAGAGAGCAAAGAGGAAGCUGGAGGGUGAUCUGAAGUUGUCUCAGGAAUCCCUGAUGGAUCUGGAAAAUGAAAGGCAACAGCUGGAUGAAAAAGUUAAAAAGAAGGAGUUUGAAAUCAGCCAGCUCCAGAGCAAGAUUGAAGAUGAACAGGCCUUGGCUGCCCAGCUGCAGAAGAAAAUCAAAGAACUUCAGGCCCGCAUUGAGGAACUGGAAGAAGAAAUCGAGGCGGAGCGCACAGCUCGUGCCAAGGCUGAGAAACAACGUGCAGACCUUUCCCGGGAGCUCGAGGAGAUCAGCGAGCGCCUGGAGGAAGCCGGAGGGGCGACUUCUGCUCAGAUUGAGAUGAACAAGAAACGCGAUGCAGAGUACCAGAAGAUGAGAAGGGACCUGGAGGAGGCCACCUUGCAGCAUGAAGCCACUUCCGCAGCUCUCAGGAAGAAGCACGCUGACAGCGCUGCAGAACUCGGGGAACAAAUAGACAACCUUCAGAGGGUCAAACAGAAGCUGGAGAAAGAAAAGAGUGAGCUGAAGAUGGAGAUUGAUGACCUGGCCAGCAACAUGGAGUCUGUCUCUAAGACCAAAGGCAACUUAGAGAAGAUGUGCAGAACACUUGAGGACCAAUACAGUGAAGUUAAAACAAAGGAAGAUGAGCAUCUCAGAGUAAUCAAUGACAUAAGUGCUCAAAAAGCACGUCUUCAAACAGAAAAUGGGGAAUUCGGCCGCCAGCUGGAGGAAAAAGAAUCUCUCGUGUCUCAGCUCUCCAGAGGAAAACAAGCCUUCACCCAACAGCUUGAGGAGCUGAAGAGGCAGCUUGAGGAGGAAACCAAGGCCAAGAACGCCCUUGCUCAUGGACUUCAGUCUGCCCGCCAUGACUGUGACCUUCUCAGAGAGCAAUAUGAAGAGGAACAGGAAGCCAAGGGUGAGCUUCAGCGUUCACUGUCCAAGGCCAACAGCGAGGUUUCUCAAUGGAGGACAAAAUACGAGACAGACGCCAUUCAGCGCACAGAGGAACUGGAAGAGGCCAAGAAGAAGCUGGCCCAGCGUCUCCAGGAUGCUGAGGAACAAAUCGAGGCAGUCAACUCCAAAUGUGGCUCUCUGGAAAAGACCAAACAGAGACUUCAAGGUGAAGUGGAGGAUCUCAUGGUGGAUGUAGAACGUUCCAACUCAGCAUGCUCAGCUCUGGAUAAGAAACAAAGAAACUUUGAUAAGGUCCUGUCUGAAUGGAAGCAGAAAUAUGAGGAGGCCCAGGCUGAACUUGAAGCUUCUCAAAAGGAAUCCAGAUCCCUCAGCACAGAAGUAUUCAAAAUCAAGAACUCCUAUGAGGAGUCACUCGAUCAGCUUGAGACACUGAAGAGGGAAAACAAGAACCUCCAGCAGGAGAUCUCAGACCUGACAGAACAAGUUGCCGAGUCUGGAAAGAGCAUCCACGAGAUUGAGAAGGCCAAGAAACAGAUUGAGCAGGAGAAAUCUGAUCUGCAAUCAGCAUUGGAAGAAGCUGAGGGAUCUCUGGAACAUGAAGAGGCCAAGAUCCUUCGUGUACAACUUGAGUUGAACCAAAUAAAGUCUGAGGUUGACAGAAAGGUUGCUGAGAAAGAAGAAGAGAUUGAACAGCUCAAGAGAAACAGCCAGAGGGCCCUGGAGUCCAUGCAGAGCUCCCUGGAUGCUGAGAUCAGAAGCAGGAAUGAUGCCAUGAGAAUAAAGAAGAAGAUGGAGGGAGAUCUCAAUGAGAUGGAGAUCCAACUGAGCCAUGCCAACCGCCAGGCAGCUGAGGCCCAGAAACAGCUCAGGAAUGUCCAGGGACAAUUCAAGGAUGCCCAGCUCCAUCUUGAUGAUGCUAUUAGAGGAAACGAAGACCUUAAGGAACAGUUGGCCAUCGUGGAAAGGAGAAACAAUCUAAUGCAGGCAGAGAUUGAAGAGAUGAGGUCUGCCCUUGAUCAGACAGAGCGUGGUCGCAAAGUGGCCGAGCAAGAGCUGCUCGAUGUCACUGAGCGUGUCCAACUUCUACACACACAGAACACCAGCCUGAUCAACACUAAGAAGAAGAUGGAGUCUGAUCUUUCUCAUCUCCAAAGUGAAGUGGAGGAAACUAUCCAAGAAGCCAGGAAUGCAGAUGAGAAAGCCAAGAAGGCAAUCACAGAUGCUGCCAUGAUGGCUGAAGAGCUGAAGAAAGAACAGGACACCAGCGCUCACCUGGAGAGGAUGAAGAAGAACCUGGAACAGACUGUGAAGGACCUUCAACAUCGUCUGGAUGAGGCCGAGCAGUUGGCUAUGAAAGGUGGAAAGAAGCAGCUCCAGAAGCUGGAAUCCAGGGUGCGUGAACUUGAAAAUGAGCUUGAUGCUGAACAGAAGAGAGGCUCUGAUGCCAUCAAGGGUGUGCGCAAGUACGAGAGGAGGGUCAAGGAACUGUCUUAUCAGUCUGAGGAGGACAAGAAGAACGUGUUCAGGCUUCAGGACCUGGUAGACAAGCUGCAGAUGAAGGUCAAAGCCUACAAGAGACAGUCUGAGGAAUCUGAGGAACAAGCCACUGUACAUCUGUCUAGGUUCAGGAAGACUCAGCACGAGCUGGAAGAGGCUGAAGAGCGCGCCGACAUUGCUGAGUCCCAGGUCAACAAGCUGAAGGUCAAGAGCCGGGACAUUGGCAAGAAGAUAGAAGAGUAAAGAAACGGACCGAAAAGAAGAUAUUUACAGAGAAUGUUCAUAAAAUAUGAGCUGUGUUUGUAAAUAUGAGACCCGCUUUGUAGAUUCCUUAAGCUCUAGAUGCCAAUAAAUGAUCCGCAGUCAGUAU